AUUUUUGGUUAUGUAACUUUACUGCAAAAACGUAAAAAGCUAUCUAAAUUAUUUAUCUUCCACAGAAAUUAUUAAUUUUAUAAUAUUAUACCAAAAUAAUAAAAAAAAAACAUUUGAUUGAUUUAAAAUUUUUUUCAACUUAAUUUUAACGGAAGUAUUAAAAAAAUACCCACAUUUAUAUACUACUUACCUAUUUAUGUAACGUACGAGAUGAUUAUUUAAACUUUGACUUGGAAUUUCUUUCUCUAAUCAUGUGCUUUUUUUAAUGUUAAUAAUAAUUAAAAAAAAAAUUAUUUUUGAAUAAAUACAUAUAUAUAUGUAUAUAUAUAUAUAAAGAAGAAAACAAAAAUUUUAAUAUUUCUUUUUUUUGUACAAGAAAACAAGAAGAAAGGCAAAAAAAAGAAAUAAAAAAUGGGUAAAAAGAAAAAAAUUCCUGUUGAAGAUUUAAUAAUUCCACCACAAGAUCAAAGGAUAUGCGGUACAAUAUGUGUUUGUCAAAUGACACUGGUUUUAAGUUCAGUGGCUUUAGUAUAUUUAACUGUAGCUAUAUAUAUGCCAUCAACACGUGCAUUUCAAAGUGGUAUUGAUGAAAAUCCAGUCAUGUGUACGACAACAAGAAACGCAAGACCAGAUUCAGCCGAUUGGUGUUCGUGUGGUGAAUGGUGUUUAAGUAAAACGUCAGGUGGCGGUUGUAAUCAAAUUUAUGUUAAUUUAAGAAAUAAUGGUACAAAUUUGACAUUUCAAAAUUGUACUAAUUCAGCUAACAAAACAUGUUAUGGUAUUGAUCAAGAUCGUGCAGACAAAGCUCGUUGUAUUAUGGAUGAAUGCAAAAAUUUAACAGGAACAUUUAAUUGUACUGAAGGGCAAUGUUUAAAUAUAACAGAUGCAUUUGAAUGUAUUUUUCACAAUACUGGUGAAUCAUUAAAAUGUUCUGGGAGACGUGGUAAAAUAACGUGUAUGGAUAUAAAGGGGUUAUUUUCUUGUAAUCGGGGGACAUGUAAAAAAAUUAGAACACCAUAUAACUGUGACCGAAGAUGUGUAGAUAUACCAACACGCAAUAAAAAUAUUGUAAUUUUGAGUGGCGAUAAAGUUUAUUUAUCGCAAUGUCAAAAUGCUAUAAAUACAGAAACUCAAGAAGAAGUUUGGAAUGAAUCAGCUGACAAUGUGGUUAUGGUGUCAUGUUUUUUAAUAAAAAAUACUUCGGAUCAGGUUGAAGCAGUUGAUUGCAUUAAUGGAACCGUAUUGGAUAAAAAUAUGUUACAAGAUUUAACAAAUUUUACAUAUUUAAAUUAUAUGCAUGUUGCAAUGGGAAUGUCAGUACCAGAAAUUGCACCACCAGAUUUAGAUUUGACAAUUUCAAAUGAAUCAAAACUUAUGAUAAAUUUAGAAGGAUGUGUAAAUACAUUAAUGGAUGAGUGUGCAUUCUUUUUAAAAGAGUAUGGACGUGAUGGCGCAGAUCAUAAUGCAAGAGCACGUUUCCCAUGUUUUUAUGCUCCAUCAAAUAAAAAUAUUGUUGUUGCACGUUUUGAUUUAGAUUUAACAUAUAAACAAUUUUUAGUAGCUUCUGUAAUACCAUCUACAUUAUUUGUAGUCUCUUGUUUAGUAUUAUUAUUAUGUCAAAAAACUAUAUAUGUUGGAGAUGAUGCUAAAAUGAGAUUUAAGGGAUGUGCUGAUACCGAUACUAUAUUAGCAUCAAAAAAUGACAUAGCAAACUCACAACGCGAUGUGACCGAUGCUGGUGGAGGAGAUAACAUAAUGGCGCUUUGAGAUCCGUCACGCAUUCCUCUACUGCAAGAAGACAGUCCUAUACACCAGCCUGGAGUUUUUUCAUUACAAUAAAUUUUAUUCUUAAUUCAUUAAAAAAAUAAAACAUAAAAUUUAGUACCGCAUAAUACAAAUAAUUUUUAAUAAUA